CAUGGUGCGCGUGUUGGCGGUUUAGUCCACGGAUGACGUGACGUGAUGAUGUGAGGUCGUGGGCCAUGCCCUUUUUUACUCGGGCUGUCCAUCUCUGGGUUUUUCUUUUCUGGUGCCCAUCUCUCGAUCCGCUUCUCCCGCACCUCAUGGUAGAUAACGAGACAAUUGCAUGUUUAGUCCUGGUACUUGCAGGCGAUGUCUAACAUAGUCCUCAUAAUCAUAAAGUGCUUCAAUACAGUCCUCGUACAUGUAAAUACAGUGUCUAUACGGUCCUGGAGAUUGUGGCAUUGGUCCUGGCUAUACGCCUCACUUACGUACCCAGUAUGCAUCCACUGCCACGUGAGCACGGACUGAGUCAAACGACUGGUAACUUUGUAUUCGGCCCCAUCGAAAAGACUUGGUAUUAGAUUAGUAACAACGGGGAGUAAUUUAAAGUAGUAACAUGCAUAUGUUAUAGUGGGUAGUAACAUAUAUGUUGUGUCAUGCAUGACUUUAUUUAUUGUGUUGUAGACUCAUCUUUUUUUAAUAUGUGUGAUGUUACAGUAACUAGCUAUGUUACCACAUGACUCUCUUUCUUUAUUAAUUACAUGCCACAUCUCCUAUCUUUGCCUAGAUAAGUGUGAUGUUAUCACUUAUGUUACUCCCACUGUGGAUAGUCUUAGUAUGUGCCCUUCAUCCCUUUCAUUCUCCACGAACAGAAACCCCAGCCCGACCUCAGCAGAAACCCCAGCGGUGGCGGCGGAUGAUCGGGGACCCGGCAGCGUUCCGAUCGUAGUGCAGCUGGUGGUGGACGGGAGUGGGAUGAACCAGCGACCCCGGACGGUGGUUUGAGGCAGUGAUGAAGGGGCCCGCCGACGUACACGGCUCAUAGUGAUUUCUUCACUGUGGAGAUCAUCCAUGGAGGAUUUUUCUCUAGAAGUGGGCAGAAUAGGUCCUACUUGGAUGGCAAAAAAAUUCUGCUAUGACUACUGUCACUUAGAGUUUGCGUACUAUAAAAUGUUUGAAGCUUUAAUCGAGGACAUUGGUUAUGAGAAGGAAGGCAGAAUUGAUAUGUAUUGGUUGCCCCCUGGCUAUCAACUUAAUGAAGAUGGUGCAAGGCAUUUGUCCAAUGAUGCAGACAUAGAUCUGAUGUAUCUACAGGUCAAUGAAGAGCAUAGAUUUCAUAUGAUUUACCUUGAUCAUUUGGAUGGCCACAUUUCAGGAGGUGGAUCAGCAUGGGGUGAUGUUACGGCUAAUCCAAUAUGUCAUUUGCCUGUUGUUUUCAGUCCCAACAAGAAGCUAAUUAAUGCAGAUCAGAGCAUGGUAUCUUCUAGUGUUGUUGAGGAAAGCAAUGAAAUUCAGAGCAAUGAACAAGUGCAUGUCAGGUUGAGACCUAGAGGACAGAAGUUAGAAGAUGAGCCAGAAGAAUAUAGUGAUAGUGAUUCAGACAGUGAUUACAUACCAGAAAUUGUUGACAGUGACUACGACUUAGAGGAUGGGGAUGAUGAUUUGGCACAGGAGCAGUUGCACCCUUUGCAAGACAAGAAAGGGAAGAAAGUGAUUGAAGAGUGCAACUCUGAAGAUGAUACAUUGGAUGCUCCGGAUUUAGAUGAAGAUGAGAUAAAAUUCAAUUUCAAGUCUUUCACACCAUCAGACAUGCAUGACCCCAAGUUCCAUGUUGGGCAGUUGUUCUCAUCAGUUGAGCUCUUGAGGAAGGCUAUUAGAGAGUACACUUGCAAGGAAAGGGUGAAUAUUACAUUUCCAAAGAACGAUAGAGGGAGGCUUGGUGCAAAGUGUGAGAAGGGAUGCCCUUGGUACCUGCAUGCAUCUUGGGACAAUAGGACAAAUGCAAUCAUGGUGAAGACAUUCAAUGGUGAGCACAAUUGCGAGAAGAAGUGGCAAGUUACAACAUUUACUGCCAGGUACAUUGCUAAAAAGUACGUCGACAAAAUCAGGGCGUUUGUGAGCGAGGAGGUUGUCACGCCGGCUGUUGUAUUGGUCGCCGUUGAGACGCGUUGCCGCAAGCCGCCGUUGGAGGUGCUGCGGUCGGAGGUGUGCCCGUUGAGACGUGUUGCAACGUUGCGGUGUGCUGCCGUUAGAGUGCAUGGACCAGCCCUUGGUUGCAUUUUCAGUCCUGGACAUUUGGUCUAUGAUUGCUAGUUAAUGUAGUGUAGUUUGUUUAGUCGACAAAAUAAGAUAACUGUGGUAGGUAACCUUCCUCAAAAAUAAAAAACUGUGGUAGGUAACCACAUGGCCUAGACUGAGCUCGUGUUUACAAAUAGGCUAGGUAAUGUUUUGUACAUGUAUGUAACGCUAAUUGAAAAGUAAACCUUCU